UUACAGCCAUUACAACCACGAGACGGGGGUGAGGUGAGGUGACGAGAGAUGUUGGCAUACCUCUUGUCUGCCUGCUUCUGUGAGCGCCUUCUUCGCUUUCUUGAAGGCCCCAUAGAGGCCUUGCCAGCCACCAGAGUCCUCGGCCAAUAUGCCUUCAUCCUUCAUGCGCUGCUCGUACAAACGCUGACGCAUUACCAGCUCAUCGACGACAUAACUCAAAUUCAGCUGCACACAAUAAAACACACAUCAACCCCGACACAUUAUUUCUCGGUUGUGGAACCUGCAGGUCAUUGAGUGGAAUGCCUGGCGAUAUGGAUGAUGACAGAGUAGACCUGCACACGCCACGAACCAGUCACAAAUUCGCACAAUCAAGGAUGGGCCUGCAUUCUUAGUUGAUGUACUCGUCGGCGACGUCAAUGGCUAUGCUUUCCUUGGCACUCGCGCUUUCGGAGUCCUUUGUGGGUACAUUACUCAGAUAUGUGGGCUCUGUACAGCAGAGAGUGGCAGUAGUGUAGUGGCAGUAGUGUACAGAAAGUUGCAUCAUUCAUUCACCCUUCUUGAGGAACUCCUUGUGCUCAGUAAGGCAGGGACAGACAAGUGCACGCGACAAGUCGGCAGACUGCAUGCAAUGGAGGCUCUGCAAACACACAAAUAAGCAGACUGACUGCACGUGUCAAGGUCUUACUUACCGUAUUAGCCGUAUCAUCUGGUCGCGAAAGAUGGACAAGCACGUGCUCAUUUCGACGCGUACUGAUGACCUUCAUGCGCAGUGCUUGAGUCAGAGAGGCAUGAGUCCGUAGAAAAUCCACACUGAGACGAAGAAAGGGACAGAUUCACACACAAAAAGAAAUCC